CCGGCGUAUGUGGUUUUAGUCGAUUCCCGGUCCAAUUUCUUGACAUUCGGAGUUGCUACCGAAACCGGCCACCGGCGCCCAAAAUUGGAUAAUCCCGCCCCGGCGGCCUCUCUGUACGGAACUCGUAAUCUCGCGAAGAAAACUUCUCUCUGCCAAUGGAAUCUCGUCAUGCAUCUCUGGGUCGACGGACGCUAGAAGAAAUUCGCCAGAAGAGAGCCGCAGAGAGAUUGAUCAAAGCGUCUUCUGGACCUGAUCUGACCAAAGCUAUUGCUAUUUCUAACGAUGUUUCCCAGAUAAGAAAGUCAGAGAGUGCACAAAGGAUCGCGGAGGAUGACAUUUCAGAGUUGGUUUCUCAAUUACAGCAAAUGCAAAAGAAGAAUGCUGACCUAGAAGAAGAAAACAAAACACUGACCUCAAAGCUUUGGACAAUAGAAGCUGAGAAUGGCACAUUCCAGAAGCGUCUCAAUGAUCUGGAGCAAAAUACUGUACCAUCAUUGCGUAAAGCACUCAGGGAUGUGGCAAUGGAAAAAGAUGCUGCAGUGGUUGCAAAGGAGGAUCUGUCAGCCCAGGUACGAGCACUUAAGAAACGGUUAAAGGAGGCAGAAGAAGAGCAGUAUCGGGCUGAGGAGGAUACAGCCGCUCUUCGAGCAGAGUUAAACUCGUUACAGCAACAACCAAUGAGUGGUUCACUUAGUGGCACCAAUUCUAUGAGCUUUUCACCUGAUUACAUGCAAACAAUGGAAACAGAGCUUGCCAAUUUAAGAUCCCUUCUUGAGCAAGAGUCCAUGUUGAGAGAACAAGAGCAACACCGGUUAGCAGAGGAACAGGCUCGGACAACUACCCUUACUUCGCAAAAGCAUGACUUAGAAGAGAAGCUUGCAGUUCUUUCCAAAAAGAUAUCAGAGGAUGUCGCUCAAAAGGAUUCUGAUGGCACAUUCUCAAUGAAAGACAAGGAGAAACUUGAGAACCAAUUGCAUGACAUGGCUGUAGCCAUCGAAAGAUUGGAAAGCAGCCGGCAAAAGCUGCUGAUGGAGAUUGAUUCUCAGUCAUCAGAAAUAGAGAGAUUGUUUGAAGAAAAUUCAAAUCUUUCAUCUGCCAAUGAGGAAGCAAACAGAGUCAUAGUGCAGUGGGAGAAUCAGGUGAAAGAUUGUAUAAAACAAAAUGAGGAGCUACGCAGCUUGUUAGAAAAACUUAGAACUGAACAAGCAGGUUUAGAAAUUUCCGAUGACAAGCUAACUCAUAGAGGCUUGGUUGGCUCCAAUAGAGAAGGUGAAAAUGGCACUCAAGCCCCAGAUUCUGCACCUGAUGUUGUCUCUCUUAAGGGUCAACUUGUGAAAGAACAGAGCAGAGCAGAAACAUUGUCUGCACAAGUUUUAAAACUAUCGGUACAACUCCAGCAAGCCACACAAGCAUACAAUGGACUAGCCCGCAUCUACAAGCCUGUGCUUCGCAACAUUGAGGGCAGUCUUUUGAAGAUAAAGCAAGAUGGGUCCGAGGUUUUGCUUAGAGCUUGAGAAUCAAUGCUCGCCUUGGUCAUAUUUAAAUAUAUUUGUUGAAUUGUUGAUUACGUAUUUUUCAUUUUCGCCAAAUUUAUUGUAAAUGUGUGAUUACAAAUUAUGUAAGAAUGCUUAACUUGUAAAAUGUUGUUUCAAAAGUUGAAUGAAUAUAAGAAAUGUUUUCUUAGCCCUUCCAUCAG